AUGGAGGGAAGUAACACUGGCAGCAUAUCGCCAGCGUGCGUGAAGGCGGAGCCCGAGAGUACAGAUACAGACCAGUCGGGACGAGUCGUUGUUAAGGAGGAAGCUGAAUUCACGGACGAGGAGUAUGUGAAGGAGGAGUGUGAGGACAGCACAGACGGGUGCGGCGUGAGCGAGGCCGCCAUGCUGGCCGAGCUGUACACCGACCACGAGGUGAAGGACGAGCUCGUGCUGGGGCCGGAGCGCCCGCAUCGACCCAUAGUCGCCAUGGAGCUGAGAGUAUUAUUAUAUCGUGUUGCAGCGCCCGCUCUUGUCUCCUCUGCUGCUGUGGGUCGGGGCCGCUCGUGCUCGGUCAGGCUGGAGCGCCUGCUGGUGGACGCGGCGCGGCGCACCUGCCGGGUCGGGCGCCGCACAUACAAGCUGCACGCCACCGAGCCCGCACCCACACCCCAUGUCACCGCCACCAUCUAUCAAUGUCACCAUUGCGUCAAACGGUUCAGGAACAAGUCGGUUUUGGAGAAACACAUACGCACUCACUUGUCGUUAGGACCGUCGCGUAAUUUCACCCGAGAGAAUAUUGGUUUACAUCGUCAACAAAUGCCAAGUAGGAAUAGAAAACCUAGCGGCAAAGUUCUUAAAUUUAAUUACGAGUCCAAUAAAAAAUUACACUCAGGGAAUCACAACAAGACACACAUUCGUGAAAAGCGAUUUAAAUGUAAGUACUGUGACUACAAAUGCAUUAAUAAAUAUAUUUUACAGAAUCAUAUGAUGACUCACACUGGCGAAAAGCCAUUUAAAUGUGAGUACUGUGACUACAAAUGCAUUAAUAAAUAUAUGUUACAGAAACAUAUGAUGACUCACACUGGCGAAAAGCCAUUCAAAUGUAACUACUGCGGUCACCGGUUUAAUUUAAAAAGUAAUUUGCAAAGGCACCUAUUAACUCAUACUGCUGAAAAACCUUUCAGUUGUAACGACUGUAACUACAAGUGCAUUACGAAAUACAUGUUAAAGAAUCAUAUGAUUAUUCACACUGGUGAAACGCCAUUUAAAUGUAACCACUGUGACUAUAAGUGCCCUACGAAAUAUAUGUUACAGAAACAUAUGAUGACUCACACUGGCGAAAAGCCAUUCAAUUGUAAGUACUGUGAUUACCGGUGCAAUACAAAAAGUGAUUUGCAAAUGCACCUAUUAAUUCAUAGUGAUGAAAAACCUUUCAGUUGUAACGACUGUGACUACAAGUGCAAUGCGAAAUAUAAGUUACAGAAACAUAUGAUGACUCACACUGGCGAAAAGCCAUUUCAAUGUAGCUACUGCGGUUACCGGUGCAAUUUUAACAAUAGUUUGCAGAGGCACCUAUUAACUCAUGCCGAUGAAAAACCUUUUAAUUGUAAGUACUGUGAUUACAAGUGCAAGCAGAAAACACGGUUGCGAUCUCAUGAGAUGACGCACACUGAUGAAAAACCAUUUAAAUGUAACGACUGUGAGUACAAAUGUACGCGGAAAUCAAGCUUCAAUAAGCACCUCAUGAUUCACACUGGAGAGAAGCCUUUUCAGUGUAGGUACUGUGACCACAGGAGCCGUCUUAGAGAAACUCUACGAAUUCACGAGAUGAUACACACUGGUGAAAAACCCUAUAAAUGUGACUACUGUGAGUUCAAGUGCAAGAAGAAAGCUAAUUUAAGAGACCACGAGAUGAGACACUCUAGGGAAAAGCCUUUUGAAUGUAGUAACUGUGACUACAAGUGCAAAAACAAACGAGCUUUACGACGUCAUCAAGCAGUACACACCGAUGAAAAGCCUUUCCAAUGUGGUUAUUGCGAAUACAAAUGCAAGCAGAAAGGUCAUUUACGAGCUCACGAGAUGAUACACACUAGUGACAAACCCUAUAAAUGUAACUACUGUGACUUCAAGUGUAGAAGCAAAACUUAUUUACGAAACCACGAGAUGAGACACACUGGGGAAAAACCUUUUGAAUGUAGUAACUGUGACUACAAGUGCACAAGCAAAUACAGACUACGAUGUCAUCAAGCAGUACACACCGAUGAAAAGCCUUUCCAGUGUAGUUAUUGCGAACACAAAUGCAAGCAGAAAAAACACUUACGAAAUCACGAGUUGACACACACGGGUGAACAGCCUCUCCAUUGUAGUUAUUGCGAAUACAAAUGCAGGCAGAAAAGUCACUUACGAGCUCAUGAAAUGAUACACACUGGUGAUAAACCCUAUAAAUGUAAAUACUGUGACUACAAGUGCAGGACCAAAACUCAAUUACGAGACCACGAGAUGAGACACACUGGGGAAAAACCUUUUGAAUGUAGUAACUGUGACUACAAAUGCACAGAAAAGUCAGGACUACGACGUCAUCAAGCAGUACACACCGAUGAAAAGCCUUUCCAGUGUAGUUAUUGCGAAUACAAAUGCAAGCAUAAAGGAACCAUACGAACUCACGAGUUGACACACACAAGUGAAAAGUCUUUACAGUGCAAUUAUUGCGCAUAAAAGUGCAAGCUAAAACAAAAAUUAAUUAUUCACCUAAAGAAACAUUAAUAAA